CUUGGUGGAGGUGGUGGUGGUGGUGGAGGUCUCCUUGGCGAUGGAGGUCUGCUGGGUGAUGGAGGUCUACUUGGUAUCCUCGGGGAAGGAGGUCUGCUCAGCACCGUCCAGGGGCUCACAGGGUUGAGAAUUGUGGAACUAACACUCCCCAAAGUAUCUGUGAGACUCCUACCAGGGAUUGGAGUCCGCCUGGACUUGUAUACUAGAGUAGCAAUCAAUGGUAAGAGCCUCCUAGGUUUGCUUGACAUUGCAGUGGAAGUGAACAUCACGUCGAAAGUCAGAUUGACCAUGGAUGGCACUGGCUACCCCAGGCUGGUGAUUGAGAGCUGUGAUACUCUUCUCGAUGGUAUUAAAAUCAGACUCCUUAGAGGCCUGCUCCCGAUUGUGGAUAAUUUAUUGGCACGGGUCCUUAACAGACUGCUUCCUGAAUUGCUGUGCCCAGUGGUUGAUGUUGUCCUUGGCCUUGUCAAUGAUGAACUGGGCCUCGUGAACUCCCUGGUGCCCCUGGGUGUACUGGGAAGCAUCCAGUACACUGUUUCCAGCCUUCCGCUAGUAACUGGCCAGUUCCUGGAAGUUGAUUUAAAUACUGUAGUUGGGCGGGUAGCAGGAGGCCUCGUUGACUACCCCCUGGGCAAACCAGAAGCUGUCCCCAUGCCACCAAUGCCACAGAUGGCAGACACCGCCUCCUCCCAGCUUGGACUCUCUGUAAACUUCCUUGGCUCUGUAAUCUCUCUCCUGCAGAAGCAAGGGGCACUUGAUAUAGACAUCACUGAUGGAAUGUUUCCUGAGCUUCCUCCAUUAACAACAUCAACCCUUGGAGCCCUGGUUCCCGCGGUUUACCAGAAGUUCCCUGAGCCCCAGCCACUGGUGCUGAAAGUUGCAGUGCCUAAAACUCCCAGGGUGACCUUGAAAAAAAAUCAAGGCUGGAUACAACUCACUGCUACCACAGAAGUGUUGGUUUCCCAGCCCAAUGAUGCCCACCAGUCCCUGUGUAUUCUAAAUAUUGAUGCUGCUUUGUUGGCCCACUUUUCUGUUGAAAACAACAAACUGAAGAUCAGUGUCAGCCUUGACAAGACUCAUCUUUCCUUGGCUUCCUCCUCCAUUGGCAAAUUUGAUGUCUCGCUUUGGGAAUCGCUGGUUGGCAAGAUUUUUGAUGUUGCCUUCCUGCCAGCAGUGAACAGUGUGUUAGGAGGAGGCAUUCCUCUCCCUAGACUGAUGAACAUCGACUUUAGUAACGCUGAUAUUGAUGUCAUUGAAGAUCUUCUUGUGUUAUCAGCAUGAGUCAGUGAAGCCAGAUUGGAAGAGUCCCUUGCAUUAUACCUCUCCCACCUGAAAAACAGGCUGGCUCCAGCUUGACUGCAGAGGCCUGAACAAUGUUUCUCUUCGUACCUGGAAUAUUGAAACAAGACUUUGGGCCUUUCCAAAAACCCAGUACCACCAGUUGCUACUUUGAUUAAAGCCUAGACUUAGUGAAAUCAACAUGUACCUG